AUGGGUUUCACCCAUUAUGGUUUUCUUAUCUUAUUUGCCUGUAGAAUUUUUGUAUUUGCCGGCGACGAACACGUAAAUGGAUCAUGUAAUGAAACUAGUGCUGCUCGUGUUGAAUAUGAAUAUUAUACAGAUGUAGUCAGUAGUGAACAUAUAAUAACAUUCAAAGGGUACUUUUCGAGAACCACACGAGAAAACUAUGUAAAGGCUGCAUUAAAACAUGUUGGGAUCUCAAAUUGGACAAUAUUACAACGAAACAAUCCUGCAAAAGAGUAUCCUAGUGAUUUUGAUGUCAUUAUUUUGAAUGAUAAACCUGCACGGGCCUUGGAAGCGCUUAGAGACCACCCUGCUGUACGACGAGUUACAGCUCAGAGACAAGUUCAACGUACAAUAAAAUAUGUCCCAGAGGAGAACUGUGGCCCAUCAGGGUGCAUUUACACAGGGUGGCGGAAUCAUCGCGCCCGUGACCUGAACUCCCUCCGCCGUCCACAUGAGAAUGGCUACACUUCAAGAAAGCUUCUGCGCACUGUACCACGUCAAAUUACAUCAGUGUUGAAAGCAGAUUUGCUAUGGUCUCUUGGUGUCACUGGCGAAGGUAUUAGAGUGGCUGUGUUUGACACUGGACUGGCGCGUAAUCAUCCUCAUUUCGGACGGAUACGUGAACGUACCGACUGGACUGGUGAGAAUACGUUGGACGACGCCCUGGGGCACGGCACCUUUGUCGCCGGGGUCAUCGCGUCCAGGGCAGAAUGUCUCGGCUUCGCACCAGAUGCAGACCUGCACAUAUUUCGUAUUUUCACUGACAAUCAGGUUUCAUAUACGUCUUGGUUUUUGGAUGCGUUUAACUAUGCUAUAAUGCGGAAGAUUGAUGUUUUAAACUUGAGUAUUGGUGGUCCUGACUUCAUGGACCAUCCGUUUGUCGACAAGGUCUGGGAAUUGAGCGCAAAUAAGGUAAUUAUUGUAUCCGCCAUCGGCAAUGAUGGACCUCUUUAUGGUACCCUCAACAAUCCGGCUGAUCAAAUGGAUGUCAUUGGAGUCGGGGGUAUCGGAUUUGAUGACCGUAUUGCCAAGUUUUCGUCAAGGGGAAUGACAACAUGGGAGUUGCCAAGUGGUUAUGGGCGUAUGAAGCCAGACAUUGUUACUUAUGGUAGCGGUGUGAGAGGAUCGAGUGUUACAGGAGGAUGCAGAUCGCUCAGCGGCACAUCCGUGGCUUCACCGGUUGUAGCUGGGGCCAUUGCACUGCUCGCUAGUGGCGUACCACGCCAGCACUUGACACCCGCCGCGGUUAAACAGGCGUUAUGUAUAACAGCGCGUCGGCUUGCCGGACCGAAUAUGUUUGAACAGGGUCACGGCAAAUUGGACCUUAUCAGCGCAUAUCAGUUUUUGAGGGAAUACGAACCUCAAGCUAGUCUGAGUCCGCCUUACAUCGACCUGACAGAGUGCCAGUAUAUGUGGCCGUAUUGUACGCAGCCGUUGUAUUACAGCGCGCAGCCUACCAUCGCGAAUGUUACCGUUAUCAACGGACUAGGUGUUUCUGGACAAGUGAAAGAAGUGGUAUGGCAUCCUCAUUUACCGAACGGUGUACUUCUCGCUGUGUCUGUGGAAUACAGCGAAUAUCUUUGGCCUUGGUCUGGAUGGUUAGCUCUAAGUUUCAAAGUUCUGGAAAAGGGUGCUGAUUUCGACGGUGUAGUCGAGGGACAUGUAAAUGUAACCAUUGAGAGUCAUGGAGAAAUAGGAGAAAAAAACAUGCGUAAUACCACUUUGAUGUUGCCGAUACGUGCACGCAUUAUACCGGUACCAGUUCGUUCGCGGCGACUGUUGUGGGAUCAGUUCCACAGCCUCCGCUACCCGGGCGGGUACUUCCCCCGUGACGACUUGCGCGCCAAACACGACCCGUUGGACUGGCACGCCGAUCACGUGCACACUAACUUCCGCGAUAUGUAUCGCCGUUUGCGUGAGCACGGCUUCUAUCUGGAGGUUAUGGGUACUCCUCUAACGUGCGUGGAUACAUCGUUGUAUGGUGCCCUGCUACUAGUGGAUCCCGAGGACGAGUAUUUUCCGGAAGAGAUGGCCGCCCUCAAGAAAGCCGUGGACUCUGGUUUAUCGCUAGUCGUCUUCGCCGAUUGGUACAAUGCUUCGUUGCUACGACAUGUAAAAUUCUACGAUGAAAACACUAGACAAUGGUGGAUUCCAGAAACAGGUGGUGCAAAUGUUCCUGCUCUGAAUGACUUGCUAAGCAUGUAUCAGGUGGCGUUAGGAGACCGCGUGUUUGAAGGUUCAUUCAAACUUGGAGGACACCCUAUGUACUAUGCGAGUGGCACUCAUAUACACAGCUUCCCGGAACAUGGCGUCCUUAUUACAGCACAGCUCAGCGAUCAGGGACAUCAGAUAAUGACUGGUGAAAAGCCAAAUACUGGCGGUGGGGCGUCGAAUCCCGGGCCGACUGUCGACGUCCCUAUAUUAGGCCUAUUGCAAACUGACGGAGAGACAAGGGAUUACACCAACGAUACACUCGACAAAUUGCCAAAGUCGGGUCGUCUAGUGGUAUAUGGUGAUUCGUCAUGUUUAGAGGGUGGCGCCGCUAGGCCUUGUCAUUGGUUGUUGCUCGCCGCCCUACAAUAUGCCUUAGUCGGCCACUUGCCCUCCUCACUGAAGGAGGCAGCCACACCAACCCAACACCGUCUGAAAGACGUGCACAUUAUACCUUCAGAGUUACCACGUCGGGCUGAAGGUGGUAGGUUGCAUCUAUAUUCUCGUGUUUUGUCGCCGGACGGCGGUGGGCCCCGUCCGGUGCCGGAAUGUAAUACGGCUGUGACCUCACCGCCGCAUCCGGUUCACGCGCCGCCUUCAGCACGCACACUAGCGCCCCUACACCCACCCACCGACCCGAAGAGCAUUGGGGCACCUGAAAUUGAGGGUACAGAGCCGGCUCCAAGGGCGUGGCGGGGCGCAGGCGCAGCCCCUUCUCGAUACCACUCCGUCGAACCCCCUGCCCCCACCUUACUUAGUCGUGCUCUGACCCUCUUAGCUAUCAUAGCUAUAAUCUACUGCAUCACAGCACUGUGGAAACGAUGCGGCAGAAAACUGCGCCGACGGAGACUUAUGUCGCUGGCCACCUAG